AUGGCAAGUAGCGUGCUGACGCGCUUGUUACAGCGCACCCGCGCGAGUACCUUUGAUCCGUAUGUGUCCCAGGUGUAUCAAACACCUAUUGCACAUGCGGUGCGUGGCGACUUUGGUGGUAAGCGCCCGCUCCCGUCGUCGUGGCAGUCGACCGCCGAUAUGCCUGCGCCAAGAUCUCACGCCGGUGAUCUGCGCUACGUGACCAUCCAAGACAUUGACGAUAAGCACGGUAUGACAAAUUGGAAAGAGUCGGAGCGUGAGCCGCUUUUCCGCAAGCGCUGGUUCGAGGCUGGUGUGCGUGUUUCUGACAAGCCGCGCCGCGAUGUGUUGGGUGUGGGUGUCACAGGCGAAGACGAUGUGAAUUCCACCUUUGGGCCACCCCCGCGCAUCGUCUAUGACCACGCGACGUUGGAAGAUACCAACAAACUCACGUCCAAUGUUGUCUGGGGCACGCACCACGGACGCUUCGCCAGCUCGGCAGAUGUUCUGCCGAACUACCAUGCCAUGGAUGAACGCACGUUCCAGCGCUUUCUCUCUGACAUUCGCCGCCGGCGUCCCAAGUUCCGCAAAGCACUUGAGCAGAAUCGCAAGAACGUGGCUAUCCACGAGCGGAUGGAACGACUUGCUCAUGAAGCCACGGAUCGUACCGUGACUCAGGAUGAAUGGGACAAGGCUGCAACAUAUCCCCAGAACUCCUCAGGCGUGGAUAUGUGGACAGAGGCACGCCUACCACACGCACCCCAAAGUGCUGCAGACUAUCUACGCAGCAGCGCCGAAGCUAGAUACAACGCGCCCAACAGCCAGGUGCUCGCCACGCCGACACACGCUGCACCCGCACACCCGCUACGUGGGUUGCAGUACGCACAGCCUGACAACAUAUACACAUACCUGCUCAAUGAGCCGAUGCAGGGCCGUGCGCUACACCGUGUGGAAGAAGCCAGGCGCAACCGCUACUUCAUGAACACGGAUGCAUCACUGACUGUCGCCAUCGGAGGCCGUGCGGGUCAUCUGCCGCUGCAGUACCGUUAUGGUCUUGACACGGUCGAUUACAGCCGCGUGAACCCCAAGCGCGGCGAAUCCUACUUCCGUGUUCUUCACGCGUGGAUGGAUAUGGCUCCUACCGUCGCCAAUGCCCGUCGCGCUCCUCCUCAUGUGGACUGUGAACCUGAGCUGGGCUCCUUGCGGACUCAAGUUAUGGCCCUUCGUCGUCCAGGUGUGGAAAAUUCGUACGAGGCACCUCCUAUGCCCGGCUCUCGGCGCUGGAUCGACGAUCCAGACGCGUCGCACGCAUCCGCCUUUGGUGGUAACGCACUGCGCGCUUCGAGCCCCGAAGCUGGAUCCCUGUUCGGCUCGCUCGCACGUAAAGGCCGCUCGGGCCAUAUGCCGCGGCAAGACAGUCGGAGACAGCGCCUGCAAAAGCGUAAACGCGACGUGCCUGGCUCCGUACAGCGUGAUAUACAAAUGUUGAACAACAUUAAAAACUUGCUCUCUUCGCAGUAG